AUGCCGGACGGCAAGACAAUCCUCAGCCGAGCGAGCGACGGCGUAGGUCGACUGAUCAGCACAUCCCUUGCGUCGGUGUGGGGCCGAGUCGUCGUGCUCCGGCACCAGAAAUCGGGCCUGCUCCAGAGCUACGACCUCGAAUCUCCGUGUCCCUGCGCCGAUAUGUUUCCCCCCGACAUUUCACCCGACUGUUAUCUGCUUGGGUGGUGCUCCGACACGGGCGUUAAGGGCGGCGGGACUGAGUUCGCGACUGCGGCGGGUUUCAGCAUAGGCGGUGGUAUGAUUCUCGCUGUGGGAAUGUUCGAUGGCGGCAUCAUGGUGUAUAACGUGCUUGACGAGUGGAGGGGCCUCCCGUGGAACUUGACGCCCACGAGCAGCCAGAGGAAGUUCAAGCGGUAA